GUAUGACUCUAUUUCUCUGUGAUUCCUUCCUUCAGCUCUGCCAUCCCCCAUGGGUAGCUUCAUCUUCAAGGCAGCAAAAUGACUGCAACAGUUCAAGGCUUCAUAUCUGCACAUUACUCUAAUUCAAAACAGGAAAGAACUUUCCUACCCUUCACCAUCAAACCAAAGUCCUGGACUUUACUGUGAUUGGACCAACUUAUAUCAUGUGCUCUUCAUCCAAAACUGACCAGGGGAUACCAAGGGCUGAUUGGCUUUGGCCAAUUAUGGCCUAACUCUAGAAUUAAGAAGGGGUUAGUCCCACCCAAAUCAUAAGGCUACUGGUAGGAGGACAAGACAGAAUGGAUAUUGAGAAGUUUGACCACAUUUCCUGCUCUUACAGCCCCAUUGCCUAUGAUUAAAUUCUGGCUCUGCUAGCUGUAUGUUCUUGGGUAGAUUACCUAACUUUAUCAAGUCCCAGUUUCGUCAUCUGUAAGAUGAGAUAACAGUACAUACCUCAGAGGAUUGUUGUAAGGAUUCAAUGAAAUACUGUAUGUAAUGCACAGACCAUCAAGUUCAGCACUGCCCAAGUCAUUGUUCCGUUCAACUGGUGAUGAAAUGGGGGUCAACCAGUCCGUGGGCUUUCCACCUGUCACAGGACCCCACCUUGUAGGCUGCGGGGAUGUGAUGGAGGGUCAGAGUCUCCAGGGAAGCUUCUUUCGACUCUUCUAUCCCUGCCAAGAGGCAGAGGAGACCACGGACCAGCCCCUGUGGAUUCCCCGCUAUGAGUACUGCACUGGCCUGGCUGAUUACCUGCAAUUAAAUAAGCGCUGGGGAGGAUUGCUCUUCAACCUGGCUGUGGGAUCUUGUCGCCUGCCUGUUAGCUGGAAUGGCCCCUUUAAGACAAAGGACUCUGGAUACCCCUUGAUCAUCUUCUCCCAUGGCCUGGGAGCUUUCAGGACACUAUAUUCAGCCUUCUGCAUGGAGCUGGCCUCCCGCGGCUUUGUGGUUGCCCUGCCAGAGCACAGGGAUGGGUCAGCUGCAGCCACCUGUUUCUGCAAGCGGGCCCCAGGGGAGACCCAGGCCACUCAUGAGUCUCUGGAGGAGGAAUGGAUCCCCUACCGUCAAAUUGAGGAAGGAGAAAAGGAAUUCCAUGUUCGGAAUUGUCAGGUGCAUCAGAGAGUAAGCGAGUGUGCACGGGUGUUGAGGAUCCUGCAAGAGGUCACUGCUGGUCAGACUGUAUUCAACAUCUUGCCUGGUGGGUUGGAUCUGACGACCUUGAAGGGCAGCAUCAACAUGAGCCAAGUGGCUGUGAUGGGACAUUCAUUUGGAGGGGCCACAGCUAUCCUGGCUUUGGCCAAGGAGACCCAGUUUCGGUGUGCUGUGGCUCUGGACGCUUGGAUGUUUCCUCUGGAACGUGACUUUUACCCCAAGGCCCGAGGCCCUAUAUUCUUUAUCAAUGCUGAGAAAUUCCAGACAGUGGAGAGCGUCAACCUGAUGAAGAAGACAUGUGCCCAUUAUGAACAAUCUAGGAUCAUAACUGUCCUUGGUUCUGUUCAUCGGAGUCAAACUGACUUGGCCUUUGUGGCUAGUAACUGGAUUGGUAAAUUCUUCUCCACUCAAAACCGUGGGAGCUUGGACCCCUAUGAAGGUCAGGAGACUGUGGUGCGGGCCAUGUUGGCCUUCCUACAGAAGCACCUUGAUAACAGCCGCUUAUUCGUCGUUUCUGCUUCCUUACAACCUCAGUUGGCUGGAACCACUCAUGGCUUGUUCUCUCUACCAUGUGGCAGCCUUCCUUUUUCAGCCCCCACUGCUCACCAUCAUAUUUUCUUGGAUGUCUUAGACCAGAUUCCCAAGAGAGACAACUUCAUUGUACCAGCUCAUCCUUACCUGCCAAAGUACUUUGGAGGCCACUGCCUAACCUAGGCCCAGAGCUCUUGCUCAGAACAGAGUAGGCAUCUGUGCCUGCACAAGGCCAGUCCUUCAGCAGGGAUGUGCACGGGGCAGUUUCCUUCAGAAGGGAGCCAUGAUAGCCUGGAUUUCUAAGGUUUGAUCUAACUAACAUAAGACCAAGAUCCAAUCCUUUGUGAUUCCUCCCCAUUUGCCUGGUCAUCCCCUCAAGAGCUUCCCAGAGAAGCCUGUCCAUGGCAGCUCUAGACAUUUGAAGUCACCGGGAGUGUACUAUCUGAGUUUCUGUUCAUUAAGCUAAAUGUCCGUUGUUCCUCCACCUGUUCUCCAUAUAGUUGCCCAUGUUGCCAUUCAUUAUCCCCUUUGGAGGCACUGUUGUCAGUGUGCCUUUUAAUGAUUGGUGCCUUGACGUGAACAUGGAUAUUAUCUGACCAGUGCCUGAUACGGCAGGACCGCCACCUCUGUGGUCUGGACACUAGGCUUCCAGCUGGAUGGCGAGUACUUUAAAUAUUUCCUGCAAUUAAAUAUUUGUUAGUGUCUAACAAAUUCGGGUUGGAUUGAGUUUGCUUCUAAAGUGUAUCUGUCCUAUAUGAAUAUAUUGACUUUUUGGGGCCUAAAUUUGCAUUUUGGUAUGUAUGUCUGUUCAUUUCAUCUUGUUCAUCAUGAGCCAUUAUUGCCAGCCUGGGUUUAGAGACUUGGGGUUAAUAGAGACCCUAGAGCAUCAUAAUUAUCACUUGGUAGGAAAGCAAUGAAUCCAUAUCUCAAGACUUUAAUGGGGCCUGACUGCUUGGUGCUCAGCCCACUUUUCCUGUUUCCUCUUAGGCACCAUAUCAUUAGGGUACAAGCUAAAGGUGAUGGGGACCCACCAUGACGUGACUGGGUUCCCCUUGUAUGUAACAACAUUUGUUGAGCUCAGAUACUCACUACUGGAGACCAGAGAAGAGGUGAUGGAAGGUAGAAGAGCUUUAGACUGUAGGAAGAAUGUGGAGGACUUGCUUUAUGCCAGGACUUAUGCUAAGUAUUUUAGAUACAUUACCAUGUAUAAUCCUGAAGAUGACCCUUCACUGGGUACUUUUAUUAUGAACUCCAUUUUAUGGAUGAGGGUACUAAAAAUUUAAGUAAUUUGUCCAGGAGUAUCCGGUUAUUAAGUGGCAAAGCCAGAAUGCCACCUAGGCUGUCUGAUUCCAAAGCCCAUGUGCUUAAUGGCUGCACUAUUCUGCCAGUGACUCUGAUAACCAAGGUACGCACUCAGUGUUUGGGAGGCACAGAGGACAGGCACUUCACUGAUGGGGGAAGGACAGCCAGGAAAGGAGGCUCCUGAGACAGAACAAUGCUUGUGUUUCAUCAUAACAGAGGAGGAGGGUUUACUAGAGAAGGGGCAAGGAUCUGAACAGAAGGCACAAAGUCUUGUGUGGGUCUGAUCAGUUUUGAGAAUCUGUGUUUAGUGUAUCUGGAGCUCAGGAUAGUGAAUUGUUGGAAGAUAGAGGUAGAGAAGUAGAUGGAAGCCAGAUCUAGAGACCUACAAGUUUGAAUGUUAUCCACAGGCUAUCAGAGUCCUUGGUGGGUCCUAAGCAGGAGAAUGUCAGGAUUAAGCUGGUGGUUGCAGUCUGGCUGCAUCAUGGAGGAUGGGUGAGCCGGGGCAAUUUGAGAGGCAGAGAGUUGAGUUAGGAGGCCCUUGCGGUAUUCAGGUGAUAAGAGAUAAGACAGAGCCUGACAAAAGGCAAAGACUCUUUGCUUAGGGUAGUUAGCUUUCCAAAGAGAGGAAAAGCUUUUUGGUAGCCACAUACAAUAUUGUCACAGGAGACUAAAUAGGUUGUAAUGGCUCAGCUGACUGUAUCCUCACUCCUAAAAAAUAUCUCUGAGAGAACGUCUGCUGCUAACGCAGAGGUGUUCUCUUCCAUUAAGAUGGGCGCUUCUUUCACAUUAACUUCAUGCAGUUCCUGUUUCUCCCUGUUUUUCUUCUCUUCCGCUCUCCUGGAAGACUAUUUCACACCUUCUCCUUUCUCUUCAAACCUCUAACCCCUCCUCCCCAAUCCUGUCUCUCAGCUGCUUGACUUUGCCUCCCACUUCACCGAGGCAGUGGAAGCCGUCAGCACCCACCUGUGUGCACAUCCUCCGCUUUCUGGCUCAUUCCUGGAAUUUCCAACUCAGAUGCCUAACCAAGGCCAACCCCUCCACCUGUGCACCAGGUUUCAUCGUUUUGGCCUGCUGGAGAUGACUGUGCCAGCAAUUUCUCCUCUUUCCCUUGGGUCAUCAGUUUUCCCCUCUCUACUAGUUCAUUUCAUGCUGAAAUUUCUCUUCUAAAAAAAAUCUCUCUUGACCCCACUUUCCCGUCCAGUUUGUGCCCUGUUUCCCUGUUCCUCAUAACAAUAAAACUCCUCAAAAGGAUGUCUACCUUCCCCUCUCUGAGUCUUCUCUCCCCACUCGCUGUUACACCCACUCCAGUCAGGCUUUUGCAUCUCAGUCCUCCAUGAAAACUGGUCAAGGUUGCCAGUGACCUUCACAGUCGUAAAUGCAGCAGUCAGUUCUCACUCCUCAUCUCCCUGGAGCUGUCAGCAGCUUCUGACGGAGUCGGUGAUAGCCUCCUCUGUGAAACCCUGUCUUUGCUUCCAAGGCACUGGCCGCAGAGUUUCUCCUGUCAAUACCUGCACCUCUUAGUCUGCUUGACUGCUCGUGGAGCCCCGUGCCCGGGCUCCUUCCCUGUCUGCACCCCUCAUGACAUCUAGCCUCAUCAUAAGAGCCAACUCCGUGCUGACGAUGCCCCAGUUUAUAUCUCCAGUUUGAUCUCUCCCAUGAACAUCACAUUAAUAUACCCACUACUCAACAUUUCUAUGUGAACUUUCCAAUAGGUGCCACCAGCAAAAACCGAUUUCCACUGCCGUCUUUCUCUUUAAUUAGUAGUGAAUCCAUCCUUCUAGCUUCUCAAGCCAGUGUCUUCAUUCUUGUCUCUUCUUUUAUGCCUCCCAACCAGUCCCUCAGAAAAUCCCCUUGGCUCUGCCUUCAAAAUGCAUAUGGAAUCUAAUCACUUAUAAUCACCCCCACAACAAGCAUCCUUUGGAGGUCACCUCUCACGCAAUUACUGUCAGUUUCCUAACUGGUCUCCCUACUUCCACCCCUGCCUCCCUUCACAGUCUCCUUAGUCAGGCAGCCAGAGUGAUCCUUUCAGAAAGUAAGUCAGAUCUUGUCUCUCCUCUGUUCAGAAUUGUCCCGUGGCUCCCCAUUUCUCUGAGAGUCAAAGCCGGUGUCCCAUGUCCUGCUGGGCCUGUGUGGAGUGGCCCUCCAGUCCUUCCUGACCUCCUCUCUGGCCACUCUUCCCCCGGCCUACUACAUGUGGCACUGCACCAGCCUCCAGUGCUUCAGGGACACAUGCGCUUCAGGGCCUUUGCACUGCUGUCCUGUCUGCCUGGAACAUUCUUUCCACAUAGUCCCGUGGCUCACUCCCCCCUCCUUGAAGUGUUUGCUCAAAUCUCACCUUCCCAGUGAGGCCCGUGCUGACCACCCCUUUUAAAACACCACACUUUCCCUUCCUCCCUUCACUCUUGUCCCUGGGCUUCUCUUAUCUGGCUCCAUUUUUUCCCAUUGCACUCCCCACCUUUUCACAUCCUAUCUAAUUUAUGUUUAUUGUUACCUCUGCUUACUAGAUGUGAGCUGUAUGAGAAUGAGGUUUCUAUUUGUGUGCGGGUGUAAUUUUAGCACCAAGAACAGGCGGUGGCACAUUGUGAAGCAUGCUCACUGUUUUUUGAAUUCGUGAGUAUGCAGCGCUUACGUGUUGACCACUCGCUUGUUAUUCCAGGCCAGGUUCCUGGUAGGGCACUGAGGAUCCAGAGAUGAAGGACAGUGGUCUCUGCCUUCUGUCCCAGGUUCUGUUUGAUUCGAGCAAAAACACCAUUUGCUGCUCGGCUGUGCCCUGCUCCCUGAGCCUGAGGCCUUGAGCCCUUUCUAAUCAUUCGCUAGACCUGUCUGCCUGUAGCCCCAGGGCCCUUGUUUGAACCAUACCUGGUGCCAUCCUACUUCACGAUGUUGCUGCCCUGUCCUCCUGCCUUUCCCUGCAGUGGCGCUGGAUGCGCGUCCGUCGGCCGGCUUGUGGAGGAUCUUCCUGCUCAGCAGCUUCCCUGAGUUUGGAAGUAGACUUUCCAUUUUCUCACCUUUUCUGACCAGGGCUUGAAUUCUGUCUCUGCCCCUUAUCAGUUGUAAUGACCUUGGGCGAAUCAGGUAGCUUCUCUGAGCCUCAGUUUCCUCAACUAUAAAAUAGAGCUAAUACAGUACUUAGCUUGCAGGGCUGUUGUGAAAGUUAAAUGAAGCAAUGCAUGCUCAGCAUAGUCCUGAGAAUGAAUUAUCCUCAGUGAGUGCUACCUCCUGUUAUUAUCAUUGAGUUGUUAUGCAAAUCACUUCUGCAGCACAGUUAUAAAGGCACUGAAUUACCAGUAGUUGUCAUUGCUGCUACCUCCAUUGCAGCCACCCUAACCAGUCCUUUUAGUAUCCCAGGAGCUUCUCUCUCUAGGGUGCUGCACUCACUAUAUCCAUGGUAGCUACUCUUUGAUCUAACCUUACCAUGAUUUACCUGACCUUCCUGUUUUUCU